AUGUCUCACUCCAGUCCCCCACGCCGCAACCGCCGCCGCGACGACCUCGAGGAGGGCGAGAUCGCCACCGACUCGGGCUCCGACAGCCCCCGCGACCACGACGACGACAUGCGGCCGGAGAUUCAGGGGGCCCGCCUGGAGCAGCAGGCGCCCGUGGUCGGCGGAGGCCAAGUAGAUGCGCCGCCAUCGCCCACGCCCUCGAGCGAGUACUGUGACUCGGACGGGACCGUCAGCGACAUCGUCGUCGGCGCGCAGGGGCGGACACCGCACAUGUUCCCCUGCCCCAUCUGCUGGAGGGAGUUCGGGAGCGUCAGGGCGGUGAGCGGCCACAUGAGGAUGCACGAACCGCAGGAGCGCCAGGGGAGGCCGCGGCCGCGGGCGCCUGCGGUCGCCGGUGGCUGGGCCGUGAGGCGCAGACGCGGCUUCGUCGGCAGUGGCAGGUCUGCUUCCCCUGAGGAAGAGGAAGUGGUGGACUCCAUGGCGAUCGUGGUUGGGGAGGAGCCCGUCAUGGACCCCGCGCCCAUCGCCUUCGGCGUCGAGCCGGAUGCCAACCCCAAUGUCUCCACUGCCAUCGCUGCCGCAGCAGCAGGGAAUCCUCCCAAUCCCAACAAUGUCGCCGUGCACCCGUCCUGUUCGCCGCAAUUCGUCGCCCACAACCAGUCCCCCGUGGCUGAUCAGGCCGUCCUCAGCGCCCAUCCUCAGCCUGCCGUGGCCCAAGGUGAUCAGCCCGCCCCGGCGACGCCACCGCAAUUCACCGCCCAGCAGCCCUCUCCGCCUCCUCCAGCUCGAUCGCCGCCGGUCCGUGACGAGCAAGGCUGGUGGGUCUGCAAGCAGGAAGGGUGCGACAAGCGGUUCCACACGUACCAGGGGCUAGGCGGCCACAUGGCCGGCCACAAGAACAGGCAGAUGAGCGAGGCCGCCGCCGCGGGACUAGAAUUUUAG